AUGAUCAAUGGUGUCUUAUUUUUAGAUUUAAAAAAAGCUUUUGACACUGUUGAUCAUAAUAUAUUAUUAACCAAAUUAAGUUUUCUUGGAAUCUGUGAUAAAACAUUACAUUGGUUUAAAUCAUAUUUUACUGAUAGAACUCAACAAUGUUAUGUUAAUGGUUAUUUAUCUGGUAAAGUGCAGGUCAAAAGUGGAGUUCCCCAAGGUUCAGUUCUAGGUCCUUUAUUAUUUCUUAUUUAUAUAAAUGAUUUGACGACUUCUGUUAAUCAUGGUACUGCCCGAAUGUAUGCAGAUGAUACUAACGUAUCAUUCUCAGGAUGUGUUUUUUCUGAACUUCAACGGCAGAUGAAAAAAGACCUGGAACAUUUAGAAUCCUGGCUUAUAGCCAACAAACUUACUUUAAAUACAGUGAAAACUGAAUAUAUGGUUGUUGGUUCAAAACAAAGAAUAAAUUCACUUGUGGGUGAUCUGACACUUUCCCUUAAUGAUAUAUCUCUGCGUAAAGUUAAGAGUACUAAGUGCUUAGGAGUGACAAUAGACGAAUUUCUCACAUGGGCUGAGCACAUAGAUAAUGUAAUUAAAAAAUUAGCGAUCGGCGUUAGUCUUCUACGUAGAAAUAGAAAAGUCUUGAAAAAGUGCGAUCUUAUGAAUGUAUAUAGAGCUAUUGUAGAACCUUAUUUUGAUUACUGUUGUAUAAUUUGGGAUGGCAUCAGUGACUAUUUGGCGUUAAAGCUUCAAAAACUUCAAAAUCGUGCAGCACGUAUUAUUACUGCAGCCGACUAUUCGCGAAGGUCCAGUGAUAUAUUAAACGAAUUAGGAUGGGAGAAGUUGAGUGAACGAAGACAAAAAUGCAAAGCAGUGAUGAUGCAUAAAAUAUUAAACCAUAAAGCACCGUCAUGUUUCUUAGGUUUAUUUAGACCAGAAAGUGGUGCCAAUUUUUAUGAUCUUCGUUCUUCAACAGAGAAUGUCGAACUUCCACUAAUUCGAACUGAAUAUUACAAGAGAAGUUUUGUUUACUCCGGCGCAAAAGUGUGGAACUCUCUUCCUGAAGUUUUGAAAAAAGAGAGUUCAUUAAAGCGGUUCAAAGAUCUUUUAAAAAAAUAUCCAUUUUUCCGCUGAUCAUUAAUUAAUUAAAUUAAUAUAUAUUGCAAACUAUAAUAUACGGCUUACAGGUAGAACAAAACUGUAUAUGAUUUUGAUGUAACCACCGUAUUGAAAUAAAAUUUUUAAUAAUAAUAAUAAUAAUAUGUAUAUAUAUGUAUAUAUAUGUAUAUAUAUAUAUAUAUAUAUAUAUAUAUAUAUAUAUGUAUAUAAUGUCUGCUAUUGAAAUACCCUGUAUAUAUUAGGAUGAUGAAUUUUUGACAUAUGGCCAAGUCCCUAGAAAGUUAAAAAGUUUCGACUGUUUUGUGAAUCUUUAUACCGGAAACAAUUAGUCUUUCUUUGUAGUGAACUCACUGAAGUGCUACAUCCACAAGCGAAGCAAACCCGCAUCCUUCCUCCGCGUUGUUAAGCAAGUAAUGUUGCAUGGAGCGCAAUAUUAAGAUUUUUUAGCUCAAAAACACAACAGAAAACUUAAAAUAUUUGCCCAAAAACCAGGGGGUUAAGGACAUCGUCGAAAGCUUAGGAUCGCGGUUGGUCAGUGGCAGUUACCAUGAAAAUUUCGGAAGUGUUGUCAUGGAAAUGGCGUAAGAUCCGCCAUGUUUUCGGCUUCACUUCUUUAUGCCGAGCAGGUCCUCCAGUAAUAUAGUAUAGCUCAGUGGAUUCAACUACCUGAAAAAAACCUCGACGUUUCGAGCGAAGACCCUUCGUCGGGAAAUUAGUAGUGAUGAUAAUUAGUGUACAUGCAGUAUGUCAGAAAAAUUGCGGUUCAUUCAUUCACUUUAUAUCACCCAGUUCAACUUACCACUAAUUUCCGCGUUCAUAUUGGUCUGCAGAAAUUUUUGCUCCUGGAUGAAGGACUGACGCUAUCAGUAAAUAAAGUUGAAGGAGAAAAAUCCAGUGUUGCUGUAGAGAAAGUGCAUUCUACCUGGACCAAGGUUAUUAUUCAAACGUAUUUUUUCCCCUGAACUUUAACAGCUUGUAAAAGCAAGAACAGCAAUUAAUGAUAAACAUGUUUGCAUGUGUCGUAUAUUCUACGUCUUAUUUAACAGUGAAUUUCAAUUUUAAACUUUGUGUUACCUUCCACUAUAUAGGAGAGCACUGAAGAGGCCUUGUUUAACGUCAGUUUCAAUGUAUCAGCGGUAAGCACCAUUUGUCUCGUUUAUAAACAAAUGUACUGUAUAUAGCUUGGCGUGUUGUUGAGAGACUUUGUCGCCAUACAGCGUUUUCUGCAUGCAGGCCGCAAUCAAUUCUCCAAUCUCGUAUGCAUGCCUACGUAUUCCCGUUCAGAAAUUAAAGUGUGCAUGUAUAUGAGACUUGAAACGCCUGCGGAGGAGGCAGACUUGUUAACCCAUCUAAGUUAUUCAGUGCAUGCAGUAGGAAGCACAAAAACUGCUUAAACCAGUUUGUAUGCCUGCAAACUUUAAAUAAAUUAGGCCAAAAAAAAUGUGGGUUUCCUAUUUCUUCUUGUAAAAACUUAGGUAGGGUAGGUCGGUUUUAACUUUUUUUUUCAACUUUUUUCAACUUUUUUUAAAAUUUUCCUAACAACCGGACGCCAUUUUGUUUAGUCAGUGCUUCCACAUCCAAAGAUAAAUUUCCCUAAUAUUGCCUCAGAUUUCCAUUUUCCACAAACGUUUUCCUCUAAGUGGAAACAAUUACAAGCAUGAUCCAAUAAAAAAGUUUAGGGUCGGGAUUUCGGCGUCCAAAAGCUAGGUAGGGUCGGGAAACUGGAAACCCACAUAUGUUUUUUGGCCUUAAUGUAAAUUAAUAUCAAUAUGUUAAUAAUAAUCAAUUGAUAAGAAUAAGUAUAUAGCAAAGUAACUGUGGCGCAUAUUUAUAUUGUUAUAGGAUUAUUAAAUACUUACCAACUCCUUCAUAUUUACAGGGCGAACUAUUGAUGAUAAUUGGACCAGUUGGUUGCGGCAAGGUAUAUUUCUUCAUUACGCUAAGAUACUGCAUGUGCGUUUAGGAAUUACAUAUAAACGCUUUCAAUUGGAUUUUUUUUUGUUAAAAAUUUCUGUACUGGAUUAUGUGUUUCAGUCUUCCUUAUUAAUGGCGCUCCUGCGUGAACUUCCAGUUACCAGUGGCUCCAUACGUAUCAGUGGUCGUGUUGCUUAUGUCUCUCAACAACCUUGGGUGUUCUCUGGAACUCUGAAAGAAAAUAUCUUGUUUGGAAAGAUAUUUGAUAAAGAGAGAUACGAGGAAGUGAUACAUGUUUGCGCCCUCGACGCGGUUCGUAGUUUGAAGAAAUAUUUUGAUAUACUGUGUAUAUUUAUGUCAAAAACUAUAGCUGUGAUGUUCAUUAGCAUGAUUUCUUUGGAUUUCUAAUCACCAUAUAGGAUAUAAAGGCUCUUUCGGACGGAGAUAAUACUUUGGUAGGGGAACGCGGCGUGUCGUUAAGUGGCGGACAGAGGGCAAGAGUAAACUUAGCAAGGUACAUACAUCUGCACUCUUGCAGUACAAGACGAUUUUUUUAGAAUUUAGUUCUUUUUUAUUACCCUAAAUCCUUUAUUAAGAUCGCCUUUCAAAUAAGCCCACCUCUAUUGCCCUUCAUAUCUACAUAAUACACGGCCUCCAUUUUUGAGAGGAAGAACUUGGAGCAAAUUUUUAUAGCACACUGAAAGGUGUAAUCAGGGCGUUUAUAAGAUAGGGCGUCGAAACGCCAGUAAUUCGCGUGAAACAUGUGUGAUGCAAAUUAGGACUGGGGCUAGCGGGGAAGGUGCGAAAUUUAAAUCAAAACAAAAUAUUGAUGCGAAACUCGAAGACACUUUUUAAAUGUCUUAUUUUGCCGAAAUUAUGCAGUCUAUCGUUACCAUAUUUUGCCAUCUGGUUAUUUACGUUUUUUACAAUUUUCAUGGCAUGGUUCAAGAUAAUCGUAAAAAAAAAACUACGAAAAUUUUGCACAUGAAAGCCGAACAUCAUAAUGAUUCCCUUACGCGUAUUUUAAGAUGCGUAAAUAAAUUACUUUAUUUUAUAUCUCAAAAAUAAGCCAGAACUUAGCUUUUUUAAAUACAUGUUAGCAAAGUACAAAUCUUUAUUCCUCUUAAAUUUCAUGGCGUAAUUUUUUGAACUUUUUUUGCAAUAGUUUGCUGAAUACAGCAUAAAAAAUUGAUUACAGUUAAAAAAUUUGCCAGGUUCGUAUAGUUUUAAAAUUUACGAAUAUAAAAGAAAUUUAAACGUUUUUUGGCCACUCUUAUUCUUAAAUCGACAAAGGAAUACUUGUUCUUCUUACCAGCAUGUUCAUCCGUGACCAGAAGCCAACAUAUAAUGAAUAAAUGAGAAUUGUUUUCAAACAAGUGUUCGGGUUCAUCGUCCUUGCGAAUUUCGCUUUUCCAACCGGCCUUCGAUUUGUAAAAUAUUAAUAUCUUGUACUGUCACCAGAACUUAGCAAAUCCAAGGACGACUAGUCCAUUAUCAGAUCUUUCUUUGGUAAAAAUAUUGUCACUUAAUUUUUUGAACUUGUUUUGCAAUAUGGGAACAAACACGACACAACGGAAAAAUAUUCGACAGAAACAGGUGGGCAAUUUGUCUGAGCAUGCGCGAAGAAAAUCAAUAUGGCGACAUAUAUUAGGAGUGUUUCGUGAAUUUAUCUGGUUUUAAAGCUGAUAAAACAACAUUUUAAUGAACGAAAACUUUGUAAUAUUUAGUAGAAAACAUUAAGCUAUGCAUUCCAAAGGUUUUAAAUUGAAAAUAAGUACUUUUGCUUUAUUUUAUUGCUUUUUAUAGCACUUUCAAAACAGGCAAGCUCAUUUUUUGGCAAAAAUCUAAUCUAAUAUUUUCCCCAUCAUUUGUUUAAUCUGAACAGAAAUAGAUAGAACACUUGGCUAUAUAAGUUACAAAGGUAUUGCUAGCUUAUCUGAAAGAUUUCAGUAAUCCUGGUACUCAUUUUAACAAAGAAUGAAAUGUAAUUUCAAAAAUUAAACAUGCAUAUCACAAACAAUAGUUUUUAUUAGAACAGCACAUAAUAAGUUGUUAUUUUCUAUUUUUACAAAAACAAGUUUGGAAACAGGAUUUAGUCCUCCAGCUUGAUGUCAUAUUCUAUUUAUUUGGAUAUUUCAAUAAAGGAAUGUGAAAUAAUAAUUAAUCUUGUGCAAAAUUUGAUACCAACACACAUGUGAACAGAUACUAUCACCUAAAAAUAAAAGAAAACAGAACUUAAAUUUAUCAUCUAAUACUAUGAAAAAAAUCUUAGAUUCUACAGGCAUAUAGUGAGCACAAUUCUUUAACAAACUCGCUAAAAUAAGUUAAGUUAUACUAUGAUAAAAGGAUGGCGAUAGAUAACAACAUCAAAUGUUGUCAUCUUCAGUGUCCAGAAAAAGUGCCGCGCGCAUUUUUCAUGGUCGCAUAACUGGUAUUGCCACAAACCCAGGUGAAAAAGCAAUUAGAAAACCCUGGUUUUGGGUGAUGAGCAUAGUCAAAUUCUUGACUUAUUCAAUUUUCUAUGUUUUUCCAGGUAAACAGAUUAAACAUUGAAAUAAGCCACAUUCGGGACUUCAUAGAAUCCAAACUAUUGUGUAUGGACCAGACUUUUUUCAAUUUUCUGUGAUUUACAUAUCACUAGUUAUAAUUUAAGGGUCAACCAAGUAUUGUUCAAGACAUAUUAUCUUUCCAAAACACCUUUUCAAAAUACUAACCCAAGCAUAUCAAAAAUAGUGUACAUUUACAAGGGCAAUUUCAACCCUCUGGCACAUUUUUCCCAUGAAUGAUUUCAAUUCUAAUAGAAAGACUAUAGAUAAAACUUUGAUUUAAAGCUAGUUUCAAGUGAUGAGCAUACCCUAAUUUUUAAGCUAUACCUCAGAGAAGAUGGGCCAUUUCAACAUAAACAUUGAAAUAUGGGUAUACUGACAGCUCUGUCACACGUGUAGUUUGACAUUAGCAGCCCUUCUGAAACAUUUUAAUGAAAGUAUAAUUCACAAAAUUCACAUUUUCACUUACUUCUUAACAUCUGUUUUAAUCCAACUAGCUCUGUAGGCACGAGUGAAAUUUAGUAUUGAUGUAAAUAUCCAUUUAGUUCAUGUUUCCCCGGUGAAAAUAUAGUCUAUUCCAACGCUGAUUUCGACGUACUUUAGCUUUUCAGAAACCGUUGGCCUUCCUCAGUGAGAUUAUCAACUGUUUCACAAACAUAUUUGAUAGUAAACAGCUAAAAUAUUCUCCGAAAGUCUGUAUUUUUGCUCUUCGACGCGAAAAUGGCAACUCAAGAAGAAAUGAGCCGCUAUUUUUGGUCAGCGUCGACAAAUUGCCCACCUGUUUGGAGUAGGAACUUGGUUGCUCAAAGUGAAGCCAGUUUCGUGUUAACCGCGCAUACAAAACAAUAGAAAGGGACUGGAACUGACGUCCAAGAGCUCCUUCAAUUUCUGCCAUCUUAAUUGGCAAGGAGUGUGUUGAGAUUUCGUAUUUUGACUUCGAUUUAUAGACUAAUAUUGUGAUUUAUGAACUGAAAACUUGAUUAGUGAUACGGUCCAUUAGAUAAAACUGGAAUUAGCUUGGGAAAAUGGCCUAUAAAAACUGUUUACGACCUUCAGAGCUGUCGGACGUCAAUGGCCUUGGCUUCACUUUUCUCAUUGACUGAAUCACUCCAGUUCUUACUCCAGAUAUAUAUAUAUAUAUAUAUAUAUAUAUAUAUAUAUAUAUAUAUAUAUAUAUAUAUAUAUAUAUAUAUAUAUAUAUAUAUAUAUAUAUAUAUAUAUAUAUAAUUAUAUAGAGAGCUCACUGCGGCAGUCACGCACUGUUUAUACAGGGACAUUUCAAGCACUAGAUUCACAAAAGAAAUGUUUGAUGAGUGUUGCAACUAUGCCGGUUUAAAAAAAACACAUUAAGAACAGCUAACCCGACGUCGGGUGACUGCCAACUCUCAGGCCCCGUUUACAUGAGACCGGGACGAAGUCAAACCGGAAUGAAAAUUGAAAUUGUCAACAUGUUUGCAUGAGACCGGUACGAAAAUCACAAAAUUUUCCAUUUAUUCCCCUUGCCAGGCAAUUUCUUUUUUAGAUGGCUUUUGUUAGCAUGUGUUUGUUCCAAUGUCAAGGUUACAGCCGAGACCGAUCUGAAAUGUAUUUCUGUUUACAUUCAUCCCGGUCUGAAUUCAUGCCGGUUCGAAGUCAGUCGGUUCGGUUCAGCAGGCGGAAUGACUUGAGACCGGUCUGAGUUAUUUUCGUCCCGGUCUCAUGUAAACAUCUCUUAUAAAUAAUACUAUGACCGAAACGAAAUGGUCCCGGUUUGACUUCGUUCCGGUCUCAAGUAAACAGGGCCUCAGGCCUCUUGUGCUCGCGAUGCAAGUCUUGCUAUCAUACAAUAACAAACUAAAGACAAAAGUUUGUCCAAACAAUGCAUAUAAGCCUUUUAACAAAGAUAGAGUACUGAUAUAGGCAUGGAAAUAAUAUUCAACUAUAUAGCUUAUAGUGGAUACAUGGAAUGGAUUAUAGACGAUGUUUUAAGACUCACUUGCAAAAGCCAAUGGUGUUGAAUGAAGACUAUAGAUAGUACAAGCCAGUGUAGUUUUUCAAAUAUACUGGAGCAAUUGCUUCUCGGUUUAAUUGGACGCAGAUGGCUUUAAAAGAUAACAUGCGAUAUUACCGAUAUUGGGCGAUAUUUACAUAAAGGUAUAAACAAAAUUUGCCACCUGCAUCGAAGAUAUAAAUAUAUGUCAAUAGAGCAACUACUGAGUUAUAGAAACCAUCUGUUGAAUAAAAUGUUAAUUAAAAUAUGAAUAAUUAACAAUUAGACUGACGAAGCCGAGUUGUCUAUGAGCAAUUAGUAUAAAUUUCCAGGUGACUAUUGAUUUUUCUGCAUUCUGAUUGGUCAAGAUUCACUGUCUCUGAAGUGAUAGUCACUGGUCAGUGACUAUAGCUUUUUUUUCAAAAUGGUUGCUCGUUUUGCCGUAGUAACAGAACUAACAGAGGAGGAAAUUGCCAAAAUUAAAGAAGAUUGCAUUCCGAAAAAACCCAAACAAGCUACAAAAUAUGGUUUAAAAAUAUUUCAAGGUAAAAUGUUAAACUUCACGUGCUUUUAUUUGGAAAAAAAACUGGCUUAGUCGCAACGAAACACACAGAGCCGUGUCUGAGAUUUAAAUUUUGUAAACAAACUAUUUAUAGCGAAAAUAAAUUUAUUUGAAGUGAAUUUUUAUAAAGUUGUGUGGAUUAUUGUUUGUAAACACCUGCAAAAUUUAUACUAAAACAAUUACUCGCCUCAGGCUCGGUGAUUACAAGCCUAUAUUCACUUCGCCUUCGGCUCAGUGAAUAUAGGCUUGUAAUCACCUCGCCUUCGGCGACUAAUUGUUAAAUAGUCAACGAGGCGAAGCCGAGUUAAUUGACUAUUUGUUCAGAGACAACGAGGCUGAGUUGUCUAAUUGUUUUAGUAUAAACCAAAUAAAGAAAACGGAAUUUUCCACUUGAUUUUUAUGUACAAUAAUAACUUUUUAACGAAAUGAGCGUUUAAAUGGCUUCCUUUGGCGACAUUACGCCUCAGCCUUGUUGACAACUAUACUCAGUGUUGCGAACUCCCAAGAAUGACUUGAACUGAUAUAACUUGUAUGUGAGUUUCAAAAAAGUUAAAAAACAUGUCGUAAAACAGUAUUAUAGUAAGGGGCCGUUAUACAAACAAAAUUUGGCCAAUUAAAAGAAGGAAAGCAGGGUCAAGGCUUAAAAAGUCCAAAAUUUCGAACAAAAAAUGGCUUCCCGAAUUGUUACUUGAAAUAAAAUUUAUGUUAAAAAGCCGAAUAAAAAUGCACACAAACGAAUCCGAAUGUCGUUGAAAUCUUUAAAAUAUGUGGAACAUAAAGAGGCAAACCAUUCCAUCAUCUAGCCAGUAUACAUAGACAAUGGUCUCCGAGCCAACGGCGCGGAGCAUAAGCCCGGGGCGAAGGUACUAAUCCCCCCCGGCUAUUUACAUCCGGGGAAACGAAAGCAUUGGCUAAGUCUAAAGUUCAUCAAUGAGCGCGGGCGUCGGUCACCAACGAUGUUGAGUGGGUGGUCAUCCUCACUGAUCUCAAAAAUAUGGCUGAUUGCUUGUAGGAGUGGGAUGAGCAAGAUUUCAAUUUUAAAAGACAUAUAUUUGGAAAAUCGUUUCAUACACAACAAGCUUGAAGCAAUUUUGUUUGAAAAAAUGAUAAGAAUUGAUUUACUAUGGGAAAUCAUGAAAUAUACAGCAAGUUUCCUUUGAAUAUUUAAUGUUUAGUAUGUUUACGAAUUUUGUUGCUUUAAACUUUUUGCCUAAAAACAUGAACUGUUUUCCUUUUCAACGAAGCUCUAAGUUUUAUAAAUUACCGUUUAAUUUGAGAAAAAAAUCUUAAAAUGUAAAGGAGAACAAAUUGAUUUGAAGACUGAACUGAAAUUACCUAACAAUUUAAUUUGUUUUAUUUGUAACUUAUUAUGUUUUAUUCUUAGUUUAUCGGCAAAUGAACUAUAGUUGAAUGAACCAUUUCAAAACAUUUUACGAAGCGUUUCAAGUUAAAUUUUACAUUAAUUUAAAUCAAAGCUCACAAAAUGCAAAAUAAUCUACCUACAGUAUAUAUUUCGGACAUUUAUUGUUGUAUAGUUAAAAGUACGAAUCUUUAAACUAUUUUGCAGUUAGGGGUGGACCAUUUGAUUUUUGAGGGGGGGGGGGUUGGAAGAUUCAGUCUGUGCAAGAAUUUUUUUCCGCCCAGGGGAACAAGACAGAUAUUUUUUUCCUGUAAAAGUGAAGCGCAAGAUAUAUCUUUCCCAAUAUAUUUCGCGGCAGGAUAUUAUUUUUUUGCCUCUCAUAAUAACGGCUUACAGUAACUUAAGGCUUUCAUAUAGGUAUCAUCAGAGACGUAGCCGGGGUUUUCAGUCAGAGGUGGCCGAGAACUGAAUCCCAAGAUGGGCCAAGGAAUUUUCACUGUGCUUUAUUUUAUAUGGUUAUGUCUUAAUGUUCCCCACACUAAAGCGUGCAGGUUUACUUACAAAAAAUGUAUAACUGCACCAAAACCUAAAACAUGCAGGGAUAGAGUAGAGUACUCGAAAAUUUGGGAGAUACAGUAUAUGAAUGAAAAUUUUAAAAUUUGAACCUCGGAAAUGCUAUUUCCUGCGUUUUCAGCCAUGGAUUCGUCCAACAACUUUGCAGUGUACUAAGCCUAAGGAACACUUACUGUCCUUUAUAAGUAAACAAACGAAACUGAUCACAAAAUGAAUAUGUAAUAAAACAAGAUUUCAAUAAUGCGAUUUUUAACUGCCCUCCGACACAACAAAUGUUCCACCAAAUAUAGCUCUGUAGCUUUAAAUCGUUCAUACAGAUAGCUUCACGCCUGGCAAAAAGUAGUCGAAAAUCGCCAGAGGUGUUGUAACUUCUUUAAUAUUCAUCCUGAUUGUACGUAAUUUUCCAUAAACAUAAAACAUAUCAUUCUUACAAAUCGUGCCGUUUUUGUUUUUGGAUUUUUUAUUUUUUGGCGGGAAAAUGACGUCACAAACUUGGCGCCAAAAAUUUAAGAAUUAGCAAUGACUAAUAUCAUUUAUUUAUUUGGAAGACCAUGCUGUACGAAUCUUGAAACUGAAGUCUGUUUCGAAGUGCGACCAUUCCUGCGGUAUUCCUGCGCGGCUUCUGAAAGAAUGUCAUCAACAAAUUGCCCCAAGCCUGUGUGUCCUUUUCAACGCCUCUCUCAAAUCUGGUUUUAUUCCAUCGGAGUGGAAAUCGGCAAAUCUGACCCCCAUACAUAAAAAGACUCGAAAGAACCAGCAGAUAACUAUAGUCCAAUCUCGUUAUUGCCUAUCGUUAGCAAGAUCCUGGAACGCUGCGUUUACUCAAGAUUUUAUGACCAUGUUGCUCACCUCAUCAGUCCAUCCCAAAACGGCUUUCUCAGAAAUAGAUCCUGCGUCACCCAACUCCUGUCUGUCCUCCAGGUCAUCGGACAAGAUCUAGACAGAAACACUCAGACUGAUGUAUUGUACCUCGACUUUGCCAAGGCAUUCGACUCUGUAGAUCACACGAUCCUCCUAGCUAAACUUCGUUGUUACGGUGUGACUGGCUCAGCUCUUGAUUGGUUUGUUAACUACCUUAAUGGUAGGACACAAAGAGUCGUUAUGGAUGGUGCGACUUCGAAAUGGUCUUCCGUUACUUCCGAUGUGCCUCAGGGAAGCAUUCUAGGACCCCUGCUGUCUGUAGUAUUCAUCAACGAUCUACCCGACAUCGUAGAAGCCCGAACCGGUACAGCUCUGUAUGCAGAUGACACCAAACUGCACAAAACCAUUACCUGUAAUCGUGAUUGUGCGUCUUUACAACACUCCCUAUCCAAUCUUAAUCUCUGGACUAUGGAAAACAACCUCCGCUUCAACGUCUCUAAGUGCAAAGUUCUCACCAUCACCAGAAAGAAAAAUCCUAUCAUUCAUGACUACACUCUUGGGAGCCAAAACCUGACUCGAGUAGAUAGCGAAAAAGAUCUUGGAAUUACCACCACAUCAAAACUUUCUUGGGACAUUCACGCGAACACCAUCGUCGCGAAGGCCAACAAAAUAUUAGGCGUACUUAGAAGAACUUGUACCAAAUUGAUGGACAUGAAAACCAGACGAACUUUAUAUUUAUCAUUGGUCAAGUCCCAGCUGUGUUAUGCUACAGAGGUAUGGUCGCCGGUUAACAGCGUCCAGAUUUCAAGACGUGUUGAAAAAGUGCAAAGAAGAGCUACUAGGUGGAUAACAAUGACAAAGCGAGAGGAACUGUCGUACAGAGAACGGUUAUUAGCAUUAGAUCUGCUACCGUUAACCUAUGAUCGAGAUGUCAGAGACUUGGUGUAUUUCUUCAAAUCAUUGUUUAGUUACAUUGACGUCAAUAUCGAUAACUAUGUGUCGUUUGUGAGCCAUGGUCGUACUAGACUGAGCCAUAUGUCAAGAUAUAUCCUUCAAAGUAAACUCUGUAAAACUAAUACUUUCCAGUCUUCAUACUACAAUCGUGUUGUAAAGAUUUGGAACACAGUGUGCCAAGAAAUCUCACCUGACAUUUUCCGUAAUCCAAACUCUUUUAAACACUAUCUUAAACGUAGAUACUAUACAUUAAUUAGUAAUGUUUAUGACGUAGACAUGGCUUGUACGUGGUCAUUAAAUCGUGACUGUCCUUGCCAUAGGACUUAAUACCACAAGUAAUAUAUAUGUGUGUGUGUAUUUAAUUAACUAUAUCAAAACUAAUUACGGGGAGCACCUCGCAUGGGACUUUUAGUGUCCCGUUUGUGCUUUUCCGUUUGAGUGUAUCUACUAAUUUGUGAUUUGUGACGUGUGUUUUGUCUUUCGUUUGUCAAGCUUUUAUCUUUGUACCUGAUAUAGUACGUAUGUAGAUUGCUCAAUAAAUUCAUUAAAUAAAUAAAUAAAUAAAUUCACUGCAAAGAUAGAGUGAUUCAAAUUUCGAAAAAUCCGUCAUUUUGUUCUAUUUUUAGUAACAAAAUGGCCGACUUUUCGAACUUUGAAUCAGUCUAUCUUUGCAGCGAAUGGUCGUAUUUCGAUACAGACUUCAGUUUCAGGUUUCCUACAGCAUACUCUUCCAAAUAAAUACAUGAUAUUAGCAAUUGCUAAUUCUUAAAUUUUUGGCGCCAUGUUUGUGACGUCAUUUUCCCGCCAAAAAAUAAAAAGUCCGAAAACAAAAACGGCACGAUUUGUAAGAAUGAUAUGUUCUAUGUCUAUGGAAAAUUUCGUAUAAUCAGCAUGAAAAUUAAAGAAGUUAUAACACCUCUGGCGAUUUUGGACUACUUUUUGCCAGGCGUGCUUGUUGGGGAUCGGUUUAAAAUCUAGACUCUCUAAACUAGCAUUUUCGCAUUAAAAUCAUCGUAUAUAUGCAGUACGUUCAACCUGCAUCCUGUAGAUGGGCCUUUGAAGCUUUAAUAGUUUGGAGCUAUGUUAUCAAAGAACGCACACAGACUCAACCAUCCAAAAAUACUCUACCAUGCAUAUUAGAUAUGUAUAUUUAUACAUAUCUUAAGCCCAGAUUUUCUCAGGGGAGGCCAACAAUUUGUCCAGGGAAAGCCACUGGCUAUCGUAUGUUAUAGGCUCCAAAGGCGGUAGAAUCCCUGCGAUGUUGUCCACUGUUCACCCGGUGUUCUUUUAAGCAAAUGUGCCUGCUCAAAAAUGCAAAAUCUUGCAAGCCUGUGGACACAAUACUAAGAGAAGAACGUCCAUUGCGGAAAAUUUUUUUUCAAAAUCUUCCACCCCCCCUCAAAAAUCAAAUGGUCCGCCCCUUAGCCUCCUCCGUCUCCCUGCACAGUAACCCAAUAAGAACAUCAGUUAUUUGAAUAACUAAAUUAUAUAAGUUCUCGACGAUUAAGAGAUGCCUGCGGAGGAGGCUAUAUUUUGCAGUUUUGUACAAAAAAUAUGAAAAAAUUAAAAAUUUAAGAAUAUCGUGUUGUCAUGGCAACACUUGAGCGCGAGCCUGCAUUCAAUGGGCCAAUUCUGAAUACUUCAUGUUAAUUUAAUGUUUGGAAAAUAUUGGAGAGGGGUUACUGCAUGCAUGUAUUUCUAGUUUAGAUUAAAAUUUAAUCGAAAAACUCGUCGAUUAAAAAGGCUCGAAAGAGGCGAAAAACAAACUCGGCCAAAAUCUCAACAUUUAAACGACAAAAAUUAUUUAAAAUAACAGCUAAAUACAUGAACUCGUACUUAAAACAAGCACACACUAAAGAGGUUGAUAAAAUAGGGGUAAAUAGCUACAAACUAUUGUUGAAUUUCAACGAUUCUGCUUGGAAUAUUAACAAACAUUGUGCAUAUAUUUUGAAAAAAUCGCCUGUCACUUCCAUGCAUGUUCAAAACUACAAGCAAAAUUGAGAAAACUUAAAAAUUUUACCGUAUGUGUGAGCAGUUUCCAAAAGUCUUUGAUUGUGUGUAAUCCAGAACAAAAAUUAGGCCAUUUUGAUAAUCUUUUCCCCUUAUUAAUGCAGCUUUUAAUACUUUAAAACGACCAUUGACUCUCGCGCCCUUCGCCGCUUGUUGCUGCUAGUAGGCUAUCACUAAUAGCCCACUAGUAGCGUAGCCAAUCAGAACGCACGAUAUAUGUGAGCCUACUAGUAGGUUUAUACCACUAAUAUUAUAUAGUAUAAAGGCCGCGUUUUAUGCAGUCUGCGAUAGUCUGCGAUAGCAGACUGAUCUCAGCCGACCCCCUCUGCAGCGGCGGAGAAACAGUCUGCGAUCAAUCAACACUAAUGCCGUACAGUUACGUAAGCAGUGUUUUGUAUAAUUAAUUUAAAAUUAUUAAAAAAAUGUCAAGUCUGCAAGAUGGCGGAUGCAAAGCAACUAUGAAUUAUUAUACAUAACAAUGUAAUUUAUGCAAUUUUCGGCGUGAUCACAAAGGAAUAUUUUAACCAAUCAAAUUCCGCCUCAACCCCGUUGUGGGGGGGGGGUCAACUGUACGCCAUUAGUGUUGAUUGAUCGCAGGCAGUUUCUCAGCCGCUCCAGGAAGGGGGGGGGGGUUCGACUGAGAUCAGUCGGCUAUCGCAGACUACGUUUUAUGUCUCCAGUAUAAAAUAGAAAUAAAUUUACGAUGGCAUUCCCCGAGUAACUAUCUAUAAAUGUGAGCGUGUAAGGGAGCGCGAUGGACUUCUUGUGUCAUCUUUUUUUCUUCUAUUUGAUCGUGGCAUUUUACGGACGACAACCGUAUCACGGACACUAUACAUAAUACAUUGGUUAUUUUGACCAUCUGUCUUUUACUCUCGCUUGGUGGCAACAUAUACCUGCUUACUGAUAAAUGUGGUCUUCUCCAAGGCACAAAAACGAAAGAGCUAUGUCACAAUUGAACGCGAAACGUCAACGACCCGUCAGCGCCGUUCCAGGUGAUUGGGCGAGAGUACUUCAACUUCAACUUCAACUUUAUUUAAACACGGUACUAUUUCACAGUAUAUUAAAAUAUAUUAUUUACAAAAACAACCAGCAGAGUUGCAAAACCUGUUCAAAUUUCCUCCGGGUAAAAUUUAAAGUUUUCAAACCUUCCUCAAAAUAAAUUAAAUAGAUAUGGCUUCAUCAAAUAGCAAUAUAUUAUAAUAUUAGAGUAUAUAAACUUAACUGAUUCUGAAAGCAUAAAACACAGUACAUGAUUCUUAUAUAUAAAUUUACCAUAAUAGAUUUAUACUUUGGACUAAUUGAACAGUCCUUACCUACUACGUCUACAUCCAAUGUCAUAUAUUGAAUAUAAAAUAAUAUAAAUCAAAGGCCUUCGAGGCCGACUCACGGAUGAGAUCAAAUUAAUUAAAGGGGGACAUGAUUUACAGUAGUUUUUUUACAAAUGGGAACCGUGCAAGGGCAAGGACAUUAUUUGGUAAAACACAACAUAAUAUAAAAUGUUCCCGAAGAUCUUACAGGUUUAAAGUUUAAUUUUAACGACAUCCUCGAUUUUAACAAUAAGGGACCGGUCAUUAAUUAUGGAAGAGGGGAGGAAAAAAAUAAGGGGGGCAUAUGUAGAAAUGACUAGAAGGGGGGCUAUUAAAUUUUUUCAAGAAAAUGACAGGGGGUGUUGCAAUUAAACUUGAAGGAAUUUGCUUAAUAACCUGGUAUCCAUUUGGUUGUAAAUGUUGCAACUAAAUCAUGGUCACUGAUGUGAAAUAGUCUGGAUUCAUCUUGUCUUGUGUGUGCUGUAUGCAGUAUGCAAAUCAGUCUUUACGGAUUGCAGACUAGUUAAAUUGACAAUGUAUUAUUACAUCAGCUCUUGAUGUGGUUAAAUACAUUUAAAUUAAGCAAGGUUAACGGCGUUUGUAUUAUGCAGGCCACAUCCGCUGCGGGGAAUCUGUGACGUCAUAUCGAUCAAAGGGGGUUGUUUCAUGCCUUGUGAUCAGUGCUUCGGUCUGGGUAUUCAUUCUACCAUUGUAUGCUUUGCCUAGCUGCAGCAAGUUUUGCGCUUCGAUACACUUUUCCCGACCCACCCACCCAUGUUCAUUCUAAAAGAUUUUAUCUGCUAGCUAGUAUAUGUCAUUUUUAUAUAAUUUUUAAUCUCACAUAAAAUAGGAUGUAUAGACCACUAUACACUGUCGCAGGUAUGCCUUGGCAGAAUUGUCAUUGCUAUCUCCUUUUGCUGCUAAUUUUACUCAUUGUUGCUCUCAUUGUUGCCGCGCAGCUGCUAUGGCAAUACUUCGUACCAUCAAGUCUAGUUGCAGCCUUAAACAUGGUUACGAUCGCCCAGACCAAAUGGAAACCUGAUUUUAGUGUUAUAUAUAAAAAUACUCCUCUUUUAAUUACAAUUUUCUGCUAAUAAAUAUAUAUUUUUGGUCGACGUUAAUAUCUUGCCAGUUCCAUAUUCUUAUUUAAUAAUUAAUACUAUAACGCCUGGGUAUCCCCAUUUGACGAGUAAAAAUGAAAAUGGGGGGGGGGUCAAAGAAAAAUAUUCUAAUAUGCAGGGGGGGGCCAUCAUUAAAUUUCUGCCAUUUAGGGGGGGGGCUUUCAAUUUUAAAAAUUUAGAAAAGAAAAAAUUCCCCUCCCCCUUCCAUAAAUAAUGACCGGUCCCUAACCAAUAUCAACAGUCUUGAAAAAACAAUCUGAAUAGAUUAUUAUAAAACUACACACUAUCAAAGCAAAUCUAUAUAAAAGUACAAUAACCGUAGCUGUCAGGUGUGUAUAGUGUUCAACAGAAUAACUAUAAGUAUAAAGCUGUAGGUACCUAAUACAGUCAGUAUCAGUACAUCCAAUGACCGUGGCUUUCCGAUAUGUACAGUGUUAAACAGACUGACAAUUUAAACAUGAUAACUAUAAUAAGUAUAAAGCUGUCCCCAAUGUAAUAUAUCAAAUGACCGUAGCUGUCCGAUCUAGAGUGUUGAACAGGACAAUUUAAACAUGAUAGCUAUAAGUAUAAAGCUGUAACCAAUACAGUACAUGCUGCAUCAAUGACCGUAGCUGUACGAUGUACAGUGUUGAACAGAAAAAUUUAAACAGAACAACUAUAAAACAGCACCCUUAUUGAUACAACGGUACAGGUAGCUGUCCAAUGGCAGUACAGUGUAAGUAAAUCCAGGUGGUAAUGCUGCCUCAGUGUCCAAUGCUCUUUUUCUUUUUAGACCAUUUAUAAUUGUUACCAAACUGUGAAUAAACAUAAAUAUCUACAUUGAAAAGGGAAUGGCUGCAAAAAUUUCAAUAUCAGUCCCCCACACACCACUGUUCCUCAUGUUGCUUGUGGCUAAAUAAUGAUCUACUGAACUAUUCAUAUAUGGUCUAAGGACAUGUUCUAUACUGUUCAUGUGAUCCACUAUUUUUUGUCUUAAAAUCAUGUGGUAUGUUUGUCUACCGGUUAAAAUAUAUGACAGUGCUCUAAAUAAACAAUCGCCAUCCCCUGUAAUCCGACAGAGUUUCGUUGGAUUAACUAGUGGUUUUGAUGUUGUUUCAUUGCGUCUAUUAAAUAUAAGUGGGACAUUCAUCAAAGAGCAUAAGGACAGCUGAAAUUCUCCUGAUAGAGGAUAAAAAUGAAGCGAUCUAUCGAUACACUGCUGAGACUCGUCCGUGCCAGCUGAUACUAGGCUACAGUGCCAGCGCAGUCAUGUGAAAUAUACAACGGCAAGUCGGCAACGUGACUUUAAUACAAAGAUUUUGUGUCGUGCAUGUUGCUUCGAAUAAGACAAAUAUGUCCUUUGUAUUCCGUGACAGCUAAAACAUGAAUUAUUAAUUUAAAUAACAUGAUUAAAUUUGGUAAACAAAAAACUCUUUCAAUCGACAGAAACUAUGGAAACGGUGUUGAAACGGUGUUGAAACACAGCAACAUCCGUGAGUCAAAAACCCAAAAUAUCAGUAGAGGAAAGCUAGUCGGCACUGUAAGAUCAACCAUGCUGGACGUGUCAAUAGUAUAUGAUGAAUCACAAAUUACAUUCUCUCCAAAAAAAAAGCAGAGAAACAAUUAAAAGUAGAUGAAAAACAAUAGGGCAUCUGAGAAUAAAGUAUAUAGAUGAGGCUGAAGAGAAAGUAGGUGUUGUGUAUGAAAUAGGGGGCUUCUGAAACUUUAUUAGGUACAUUAACAGUAAACGAAACUUUCAAAGUGGAUUUUCUCUUUUUGGCAAUUUGACGUGUGUCAGCAAUACUUGUGACAUUGGUAAUUUUCCAGGUUUUUAUUAUAGAAGCUUGAUAUUUUGCACAUUUAUAGCCUGUACCUUUCUCUAGUGCAUGAAGCUCUUCAAAUUUCGAUAUUUUUCAUUAUUGAUGAAUUAUUCACAAAUUGCAUCAUAAAUAUCUCAAUUAAAAGUACAAAUAAUUAAAAAAUUCCAAUUUUUGACUCUAAAAUUUUUAUUGAAGAAUUUUGGAGAAAUUAAAGAGCUUCAUGCACUAGAUCAGGUUCUAAGCUUUUCAAAAAUAUAUCAGUCAUUAGAUUUCGCUAAUGAGAUAUGAUGUUUGCGCCGCUAGGCAAUUAUGGCCUAAUUAGCGGCCGCCAUAUUGGAUAAUUAGUGUUAUUAGUGACUUUGUGAAAAUUUUUUUGCAUAGGUCAUUUUACAUCACCUAACCCUUUCAGAAAAUAAUGUUUUCACUUUAUUAUCUUUAAAAUUAAAAAACAAAAGUUAAAAGGGGAAGGACUACCUUAUCAAGUCUAUCGCAAGGCACGCACUCAUGGUCGCUUGUUUUCGAAUACAUGCGUAGGUUUAAGUUUUUAACUAAUCCAGGUGUGAUGAAUAGUAUUAGUAUACUGUUGGAAGGUAAUUCUUCAAUUCUUGUCAGGCCAACAGGCCCAUUAACUCAGACUCAGUAAUUAUGGGGAGACGGAUGCGCUUUCCCCGUUGCUUCCAUUUGUUGGCGGGUUGGUCGUUGGGCUUGUCGGCCUGACAAAAAUGGAAGAAUAGCUUUCUAAGGGCAAAGUGAAAGAGUGACGCAAUAAACGCAAAACAGCGUGGCAUUGCCAGGGUUUUUUUCAGGAUUUUCUCUUAGGUCCGUUUUUGCAGAGAAGAUUGAGUUUAGCUGAACAGCUGGGGUGGCUGCACCCCCUCCCCCUACCAGGGGGCUGAUACCUGUACUCAAUAAAUGUAGUUGAGACUGAAUGUGUUAAAGCAGGGGCACUAAGGGACACUAUAAACUGGUUAAAGAUGGCGAAUGCAUAGUUUUUCUUGUGUUGUGAGAUGAAUUCCAGCCAUUUUUCUUAAUUGUCGGGUUUCCAACUGAAAAUGAAUUUCCACACGUCACGAAUUUAACUCAAACAACUUCAUUUUUACUGCACUGAAACUUUGGUGAGAAGACUGAGUUUCAAAACUCAAUUCAAGAUUGAGUUUUUGGGGCCGUUUAACGGCCCUAAAAAAUCCCUGAAAAAAACCCUGAUUGCCUAUGGAACGUGGUAUGCCAAUAAAUGCUGUCAAAGCCAAUUGCUGGAACCAUCACGUACGUAGAUCUACUAUCCAAACGUUUGAUUCAACUGAGUUAUAAAUCGUGUAGUUAACCAACUACACUUAGGGAUUUAACUACAGUCAACUUUAAGUAACUACCUUUGCUAACUGCAGUUAACUGUAAUUAACUACCUUUGUAUAGAACCGGUCCCAGAAAAAUAAGGAACAGAAACUAGCCAGCUGGGCGAGGUACUUUUUUCCCUCGGCCUUUUUUCCCGAGAAAAAGAAGGCAAGCGGAUUUAAAAUUUCAUCAAUGAUCGCAGGCGAGUGAGCACAAAUGCGAGCAGUUAAGGCAGUUAUACCUGCCACGUUUUAGGGGAGUUACUAUUUUUAGACUUUUGUAAUUUUGUAUUCUUUUGUAUUUUAAACUUAACCCUAAUCCUAACCCUAAACUUAACCCUAAUCCUAAACUUAACCUUCCCUAAUCCAAACCCUAAUCCUAACCCUAAAAGUCUAAAAAUAGUAACUCUCCCAGUAAAACGUGACUCAUAAAUUUAAUAAAUAAAUUCAUGAAAAAUAAAUUCAUCAAAAAUAUUGUGAUUGUAUUGCUUGGGAAGAACAAUGAGCCCUGUGAACAAUGAGAACUUCGAAACUUUAUCAGAAAAUAUAUGGGAUUUGCAUAGAAUACAGUAUAUUCCUGACGGGCAUGCCUAUAUUACAUUUCUGUUUUUAGAAACAACGCUAGUGCCACAGUUUUUAAAAUGGAGUCUCAAAAUUUUUUGUACUUAUGCUAAUUCUGACCGGCUAUCUUCAUUUUUUGUAUUUAUGAAGUGCAAUAUAAUUUCAAAUUAACUUACAAAGCGUGGUUAAUUAAAGUCUAUUCUUUGUUAAUUCUGACUCCAGUUGCAAGUUAUGCUAGUUGUAUAUACGUACACUCGAUCAGCAGGCAUGAUGAUCAGACAUCUCAUGUGGUUGUACUUAAUAUUGAUAAGGUACAGCCUAUGGCUGCCCAAAUACUGUUAUUACAUGACUAAAGUGAUUAGCUUAAAACGUAGAUUUGAUUACUAAUUUCAAACUGCAAGCUAAGGUUGCGAACCAUUACAAAAAGCGUGAGGUGGACCAUUCUCGUCCCCAGAGCCAUUUUCACUCGGUCACUCGUUGAAAAGUAGGCUGUGGGUUAGGCGACUAAAGCGAGAGAUCUGAUUGGCUUCUCAGAGAAUUUCUUAUUUCGCAGAAGUUGAGCAGUUUUAGCUAGGAAAAAUUAUUCUAUCAACAUAUGUCAACGCAAAUACUUCGUUUCUUCGUAAUACUUCACUUUGAAAAUUGUUACGGGUGCUAAAGUGUCCCAAUUCAAGACCCCCAAUUAUCGCGUUUAGGUACGGCCCUGAAUAACAUGCAGGAGUGAGUUUUUCAUAGACGAUCAAAAUUGCACGAGUCCGAUGAAGCCUUUCAAAUGACUCAAAAACAGAAGGGUUAGCCAUAUAAAACGCAGGCUUAGCAAGAAAACCAAAUAAUAAUUAGUAGAUUCUAGAUCUUUUCAGUCAAAUUGUUACUUGAAAUAAUGACCAUAUAUAAAGCUAACAAAGUGUCCUAUUUUCAGCUCGGUAAAUGGUGAACUCCCUACCAGGCUCUUUGUAAUAGACUACAGAGCCGUUUUAUCGUCCACCCUGGGGCAGACAGUUUACCUGUCAAUCAUGUUCUCCAUAUUUGGAUUAAUCGCGGGAAUUGUUUACUGGCAAGCGAAGACACCGUUAGAGAUAAUCACCGUCUACUGUGCCUCGUCUAUCCCGAGUCUUCUAUUUCUCGGCUCCCUUCUCCUAAAUCGCAUUAAUAACAGCCUGGAGGUGAUCAGUGGAAAAAAUUGUUUUUAACGAAAAAAAAAGGUUAUUGUAAUGGCGAAGAAGGCAAGAAAAGUGUUCUGUUGCUGGUCAGCGCAGACGUAAUAUUUGAGCAUGCGCGUCAGCGGUCUUUGAUGAAAACACCUGAGCAUUUAAUAUUAUUUCACAGUGUAUAGUUCUCAUUUUAUUCUAUAUAAAUUAAACAUGCAACCAGUGUUGUAACGAGUCACCUAUCGAUCGAGUCACGAGUCGAGUCACUCAAAGGUCGAGUCACGAGUCGAGUCAUUUUAGUUUCUGAUCGAGUCGAGUCGAGUGGCUUCACUCGAGUCAAGUCGAGUCAUUGGUUUAAGUCGAGUCGAGUCAAUAGCUAGACUUAACCAUUCUCGUACCCAGAGCCCUUCUUACGCGCGGUCAACUGAGCACGACGAGGGGCUCUGGCCAAAUCCAUAACCGGAUACCAUAAAAACAUGGUAUCCGGUUAAACACUGCGCAUGCUCAACGUCAAACGCGGAUAAACACUUCGGCUUUCUUGUUUGUUUCGUUUUGAAAGUUUUUCUCCAGGAAAACCCCACAAAAGCGGUAGGUUUCGCUAAUUUUAUUUAUUUAAAUCAAUUAGUAGGUAAGACGUGAUGUUCUCAAUGCAUGUUGAUAAAAUUUAUUAUAUAUUUCCCUCUUAAACGUUGCCAAAGCAGUAAUGGCUACGGAUACGAAGACGAGAGAUUGUCUCACUAUUUUAUAUUCGAUUUUAAGUCGCUGUUGUACAGAUUUUUAGACUUUUUUGUGUUUUAUUAAAAAUCAACAGUCAUACAUAAGACAUACUAUACUGCAAAUAAUUUGAAAAUUGUAAAAAAUCGGUUUCUAGGAAGAAAAUAGUCAUCACAAUUAACUUCAUAUUCUGGCUGGCUUUAAUAUUUUCUCUUCAGAUGGCACGUCAGCUUUGAACAUGUAACACAGAUUUGUUUGAUUAACAUCACUGAUUUGGAAAUACGACGAGCAUCUGCCAUAAAUAUGCUGACUUUUUGCUAUGAGAACAUCACGUCUCAACCUAUUAAUUUCAAUCAACUAAUUGAUUUAAAUAAAUAAAAUUAGCGACAUCUACCGCUUUUGUGGGCGGUUAUCAACAACAAUCUUCCUAACUGCUUCGUACUGCUGUUCUUUCAACUUUAAUAAUGUCUUUUCUCCCAAUUUUCAAAGGGAAACCAACGCUUCGUGGAGCGCUUGUGUAUUUUUAUUCAUAUUUACUAUAAUAAACCAUAUAUUUCGUUGUGGCCAAUCAGAAGCCAGUUUGAUAUGGAUUUGGCCAGAGCCCCUCGUCGGGCUCGGUCGAACGCGCGUAAGAAGGGCUCUGGGUACGAGAAUGGAUCAAGUCCACCUACAUCCUUGUCCCCAGGGCCUCUCGGCCGCGCGCGUCCUCCCUAGGCCCUGGGCCCUAGUUUCUAAAGCGCAUGGUCUUGAAUUGGGACACUUUAGCACCCGUAACACCCGUAACAACCCUAGGCCCUAGUUUCUAAAGCGCAUGGGGUGUAUAUUGGUAUCGUGUUCUGCCCGACGGAUUUCUUUUGAAAGCGAUUGUUUUUACGGUAUGUGAACAUGAAUAUAUGAGUAUACUCCCCCGCAAUUAUCGCGUCUAGGGACGGCC